AGGUUUAGAUCACCGCUAGAUCAUACCGGCUGGGCAAAAUGAAUACGGUUUUAUCACGUUUAAAUACGAUAUUUGCCUUUACAUUAAGUGUGAUGGCAGCUCUUACCUUUGGUUGCUUCUUAACUACUGCAUUUAAUGAUAAUUUAGCGCCAGUGCAUAUAGAUACAUUUAAACACUCUGUGAAACAACAAUGGCAGAGUAUUCCAGAUUUAAAGUGGUUCAUGAAUAUAAGAAAUGUUUUGAACCAAGUAGUUUUGUGGGACAAGAUAAUUUUGCGAGGAAACAAUGCAUUGCUUGACUACAGAAGUAUAAAAAUGAAGUAUCCAUUUUUUGAUGAUGGCAAUGGACUGAAGGGUCAUGAUAACAUCACGCUCUCUCUCUCAUGGAAUGUCAUUCCAAAUGCUGGCAUGCUUCCGCGUAUCUAUGGUGAUGGACAGACUUCAUUUUCUCUACCUAUUGAAUAUUCAAAUCGACAGAUGUAAAAAAGUUCAAGGGAUUAUUUAUACAACAGCUAUAUUAUUUUGCACAUUUUCAGUUGCCUAGUUUGUUUUUGAUUACACGUUAAACACUUGCAUAUCAAAGCGUGGACAACAAUAGAUGAAGGCCUAUUUAACUAUAAUUGUGUUCCGAUUGAAUGUUGCACUUAAUUCAGGUGUAUUUUAAAAUUUAUAAGGGAGCUUUUAAUUUGUUCGACGACGCAACACUAGAACGGAAUCACUCAUGUGUAACCAUCCUAACCUGCAUCAAAAGAGCUUAUUGAAGGGCUUAAGCCCUGUUGGCCAUUACCAGUUGGAAUAAAGCAUUUUUUCUUUAAAUUUUUAUUUUUUAAGUUCCCACAAACGGCUGUGUAAAAGAAUGCAUAUGCAUCUGUAGGAUAAACACGUAACCCAGGCCAUAUUAAGUUUGAUUGACAUUCCCGAAAGAUCGGGAGUUCAUCUGGAAUUGAUAUGCAAAAUAAAAAAGAAGCUUUUAGUGAUUAUUGUACUCCAAUUUUGUUCAUUUCUACUAGCAUUCCAGUGGAAUUGUAGGAUGUGAAUACAAUAAUAAAUGUGCUUGUUGCAACUCAUGACUAUUAAGUAAACAAGCACAAAUGAA